UUUUACAAACGAUAUCGGUAUUCUCGCAAGCGCAACAACCAUUUCCGGUGCAAUGGAUGAGGCUGACAAAAUGCAGACCACAGGCUCGGAUAAUGCUUAUGAGGCUGCGAUGUGGAGGUCAAUAUCACUAACGCAUGUAGAAUAUCCGAAAGGUGACUUCAUAGGAUAUGUCUUAGCUUGGUGCAGUCUUCUACCUAUUUUUUCCAUUGUUGGAUUUAUAACAUUGAUUUUAUUUAGAAGAGAUUUACACACAAUUUCAUAUUUUACUGGUCUCCUGCUAAAUGAAGCUUGUAAUUGGAUUUUGAAGCACAUGAUUCGAGAACAGAGACCUCUAAGGGAUCGUUCUGUCCUUUUUACUGAGUAUGGAAUGCCAUCAAGCCAUGCCCAGUUUGCAUGGUUUUUCUCAACAUAUAUGGUUUUCUUCUUAUUUAUAAGAGUAUACAGAAAUCAUAGUUUGAUGGAUGAUUUAUGGAAAUAUUUAGUCAGUAUUGUCUGCUUUACUGCAUCAUCAGCGGUUGUUUACAGUAGGGUGUAUUUAGGGUACCAUACAUUCGGACAGGUGUCCUGUGGGGCCCUUUUAGGGAUUUUCCUUGGAGCUCUAUGGUUUGCAGUAGUUCAACUAAUAUUAACACCAUGUUUUCCCUAUUUAGCCUCUCAUCCAAUUGGAGAAUUUUUAAUGCUGAGAGACUCAACUUUAAUUCCACAUGUGAUGUGGUUUGAGUACACGUCUUCUAGGUCAGAGGCCAGGAAUAGACAGAGGAAAGUAACAGGGAGGAAGUCACAGUGACAUUGAGAGCAGUUAGCUGGACUGGUUGUGGAUCUAUGCUGAUCUUUCAGCAUACUCUAGUGUGGUCCCCCUCCAAAUCAUUGGAUUUGCUGCCUACUGUCGUGACUUCUGACGAUUUCCUGUUUAUUUUUGGAAUUACCCAUGGAAACAGUUAAUGAUAUUGUAGUGGAGAGUUCCUGGGUGUAGGUUUGGAGAAGGUUGCGGAUUUUCACAGAAUCAGGGCAUCAACAUUAAGGAGCGGGC